UUUAAAAAUUAAUUAAAAAAGCUAAAAAGUUAAAUCAAGUGAGCUUGAUGGCUUCGGUUGAAGAUAUUAAAUGUUUGCAGAAUUUUUCAGAACUUUCUAUGGCUGAACUUCAAUUUUUCCUUUCCCAGCGUGGGCUUCCAACAUCUGGAUCACAUGGAACGUUGGCUGUAAGAGCUCUGAUUGCUCAUGAGCAAAAAGUAGAAGUAAAAGCCACUGCUGAACAUACAAUUUGCUUCUGCGUAACAUGCGAAAAGACAUUUGAUUCAGACAAAGAGCUGACUUGGAAUGUUUGGAAGGGAAAUCAAGGUGGCUUCGGUUGUGGUCGUCAAUAUGAUGUGGUCUUGUUUGGUUUGUGUACUUUGACGUCACUCGCUCUCAUCAUACUUGGAACAUUUAACCACAAUACAACAUUCAGACAUCCUCUGGUACCAGCGUAUAUGACUUUGACUGGAGCAAUUUUAACCACCGCGUUGCCUUCUCUUAUUGUAUUGCAAAUGGUUAUCAAAUGUAGCAAAUAUGGUUCCAUUAUUUGCGUUUCAUUGGUUGUAAUCGUUGUGAUUGCCAUCACUAUAUGGAAUGUACCUGGAUGUUACUGGGUGAUGACUGAAUUGGACGAAUAUGGUGACAUUUCGAAUGAAACUAUUUGUUUUAUAAUCGGUUUCCUCUUACAAACCCUUUGUUGGAUUGUGAUUUUUUAUUUUUAUUUGAGUAAACUCCUUGUCAAUUCUAAGAAGGGAAUAAGAAGGGGUGUUUUUAACUAA